CCUCAGUCGGUCAGUGUGGAUGAGAGCACCUUGGAGCGGACCGGGACAGAGCCGUGCUAACCCGGACUCCUGGCCCGGCUCGGCUCGGACUGACAUGUUCUGGGAUCUAAACCGGACCGGAGCGCGCGGGGCACCAAUGUGAGCUGCAGGAAGGCGCAUGCCAGAGCGCGCGCGUCCGAGUGGAUGAAUGAGUGACGGAGAUGGACCGGAAACUACUGAGUCAGGUGGUCUUCGUGUGCGUGGCGCUGAGCGGGCCAGUCUCCCCGGCUGAGUUAACCUGCGAAACUUUGAUCCUGCUGUCGACCAACUUCACAGCAAGGACCUUAGUCCUGCUCAACCAGACAUUUACCGUCAGCAACUCCUCAGGUGUGUACUGUGACCUGUCGGUGGAUGGGAUAGGAACCUGUUGGCCUCGGAGUGCAGCAGGUGAGCUGGUCUCCAGACCGUGUCCUGAGCAGUUCAACGGGAUCCACUACAACACCACCAAUCGGGUCUACAGAGAGUGUCAGGUGAACGGCAGCUGGGCGGCUCGAGGAAACUACAGCCAGUGCACCGAGAUCAUCGUCCUGAGGAAGAGUAAAGUUCACUAUCAGGUGGCUGUCAUCAUCAACUAUUUGGGCCACUGCAUCUCUCUGGGAGCGCUGCUGCUUGCCUUCACGCUUUUCAUGAGGCUCAGGAGCAUUCGCUGUUUGAGGAACAUCAUCCACUGGAACCUGAUCUCCGCCUUCAUCCUGAGGAACGCCACCUGGUUCAUCGUCCAGCUAACAAUGAAUCCCGCUGUUACCGAGAGAAACCAGGUGUGGUGCAGGCUGGUGACGGCAGGUUAUAACUACUUCCAUGUGACCAACUUCUUCUGGAUGUUUGGUGAAGGCUGUUACCUCCACACUGCCGUCGUUCUCACCUACUCAACCGAUAAACUCAGGAAGUGGAUGUUCAUCUGCAUCGGGUGGGGUAUUCCAUUCCCCAUCAUCGUGGCGUGGGCUUUUGGGAAGCUGUACUACGACAAUGAGAAGUGCUGGUUUGGAAAGAGGGCGGGAGUUUAUACAGACUACAUUUACCAAGGCCCCAUGAUCCUGGUCCUGCUGAUUAACUUCGUCUUCCUGUUCAACAUCGUCCGGAUCCUGAUGACCAAACUCAGGGCAUCAACAACCUCAGAAACCAUUCAAUACAGGAAGGCGGUGAAGGCGACGCUGGUGCUGCUGCCUCUGUUAGGAAUCACCUACAUGCUUUUCUUUGUGAACCCCGGAGGAGAGGACGAGGUCGCUCGGAUCGUCUUCAUCUACUUCAACUCCAUCCUUGAGUCCUUCCAGGGCUUUUUCGUCUCUGUGUUUUACUGCUUCCUGAAUAGCGAGGUGCGCUCCGCGGUCAGGAAGCGUUGGAUUCGUUGGCAGGACCGUCACUCCAUCCGGAGCCGUGUCAUACGUGCCACGUCACUGCCCACCUCACCGAGCAGAGUGUCCUUCCACAGCAUCAAACAGUCCUCAAACCUCUGACAGACCUGAACUCACCCAAUGGCGGUCUGAGAUGUGAUUCUCGUUGGCCAAUCUGAGCUCUUAUGAUGCAUGAGGACCAGACAGUUAGAGGGGGGGGCUCUGUGUGGCCCCGCCUCUCUUCACCCUCACUAGACUCUCUGUCUCUGGACUCAACCAAUCAGCUGCUUCAUAUGUUGCACUGAGCAGUAGGGAUGGGUAUUGAUAAGAUUUUCACGAUUCCGAUUCCAUUUUCGAUUCUGUUUAACGAUUCGAUUCUUUA